ACACCAACAGCAAGAACUAUAACACCUCUCAUCUCACAACAACAACUCUCGACUCUACUCAACUCAACUCUACCAAAAUGUCUGACCUUCCUCCUCAAAACUUCCUCCCUCUCACUCCUCCUCCCAAGUCAUCCUUCCUCUCACUCGCACCGGCUACAUCUCCUUCAUACCCUCAGAAGCCCGCCGUCCGCUCCCACACUCGUCCUGCUGCCGAGCGACGAGCAUCAGUCGAGUCCAGCGCCAGCUCCAGCUCCGGCUCCAACAACAGCUACCGCAUCCUCAAGCUCGGACCUGUUCACUGGGGCGAGCACGCCGACGACCACAAGCACGACUUCCACGAUAUCGUUCUUCACUAAAUCAAAUGUGAAAUGAUUGAAAUGAAUGAACAUGUUUUUUGUUUAUGGGCAAAGCGCAGCGAUCAUCUCUUAUACUCAGGAUUCAAAUUGCAAUUUUCUUUUUAUCAAACAUCAACGUCAGGGAAAACAAAGGAUACCACAGAUUACAAUUGGGAAAAAGCAAAAAACACGCUACCAAGAAGCGGGAUAAAAUAAAAACAACAGUAUCAACCACCCAAAAAAAAAAAAAAAACUACAUGGGGGGUCGGUUGAGUGAAUGAGCAAGCAAGCAAGCAGGGCUUCAGCUAUCGCUCUCGGUUGAAAGGAACAGGAAGAAGAAAAAUGAGACUAGGAUUAGGAAUAAGCCAACUUUCC